GUAGCAGUUUUGUCAGAAAUUUUCUCGCACAAAGCGAAGUGUUUUAGCUCAAUUUAUAAUUAAUUAAAUGUGAAAUGUGUAAACGAAAAUAACUAUUAUCGUAUUUAGCUUAAAUUAAUUGCUGCAUUUGGCUAGCCACAAACACAGCGCCUGCGACUUGUAGAGCGUUCGGCUCCUGGUCGCCCCUUAUAUUUUCCACAGCUUCGUUGUCUUCAUACAACAGGGCCCCAAAAGUGUUCGUGUGUGUGUUUGCGUGUGGGUUAGUGUUGUUUUGUUUCUUCCUUCCGACUGAGGCAAGGUGAAACAUGAAGAUGGCUGACGGCUCGACAAUAUUGCGUAGGAACCGACCAGGCACAAAAUCAAAGGAUUUCUGUCGCUGGCCCGAUGAACCGCUGGAGGAAAUGGACAGCACACUCGCCGUGCAGCAGUACAUACAGCAGAUGAUUAAGCGCGAUCCCUCGAAUGUGGAGCUAAUACUGACCAUGCCCGAGGCACAAGACGAGGGCGUCUGGAAAUAUGAGCAUUUGCGGCAAUUCUGCAUGGAAUUGAAUGGACUGGCCGUGCGGCUGCAGAAACAAUGCUCCCCGUCGACGUGCACGCAAAUGACGGCCACCGAUCAAUGGAUAUUCUUGUGUGCGGCACACAAAACGCCCAAGGAGUGCCCUGCCAUUGAUUAUACACGCCACACGCUGGACGGCGCCGCCUGUCUGCUGAAUAGCAACAAAUACUUUCCAAGCAGUGUUACACCCGACCACAGAGUUUCCAUCAAGGAAUCGUCGGUGACCAAGCUGGGCUCGGUGUGUCGACGCGUCUAUCGCAUAUUCUCGCACGCAUACUUUCAUCAUCGUCGCAUCUUUGAUGAGUUCGAGGCUGAGACGUAUCUAUGCCACCGAUUUACACACUUUGUCACAAAAUACAAUCUCAUGUCCAAGGAGAAUCUGAUUGUGCCCAUUAACGAGGAGGAGAAUGCGGCACCUGGCGAAAGUGAAGCCUAAGCAACAAAUACAACAAUAACAAUAACAAAUUGAACAACAACAACAACCACAACAAGAACAGCAACACAAACUUAAAGCAUAAGAAAUUAUUGACGGACAAAAGCUCAGUCAUUCAUACACAACUCACUUAAACAUAUUUAUAAUAUAUAUAUAUUUACUAAUAGCUUGCAUUAGAGAUUCGAGUUAAACGCAUCAUUUUGUUUUUUGGAUCACACACGGACGGACAGUAAAAGGAAGAAACUGACGGGGCAGCAGAAUUGAGGGGCAUAUUAAAAAGGAAGAAUGGAGAAAACGAAAACUCAUUUGCAAAUUUUUGUGUAUCUAGUUCAAAGCGACAAAUAUAUAAAAAGCUAUAUAAUAUUAACAAGAGCAAAAGUUUAAACAGACAACUAAACCGAUUCGCCACUUAAUUCCGUAAUGAUUAUGUUAAAAUUCUUAUUUUAAAUAAAUUAUAUGUAGACACACACAC